GCUCUUUUGAGUGAGAGCCUUAGUAUAAUUUACAGAGAUUUUUGAGCCUCUUUUUUUCAAGUACUGAAAUUAGUUGGUGUUUAAGAAAAAAAUUAUAUGGUAGGGACUCUCUGAAACUAAACUUGAAAGGCACUUUGACACUGAAUUUGAAAGGCACUUUGCUCCAUGUCUCCUGACUGGUAUUUGCUCUCUGCUCUCAGAUUUGUUGAGCCACCAAUAGUUUCAAAGGUUAAUGCAAACUUUGGUAGUGUAACUGCAUUUCAGAAAACUGAAAGUUAAAGCGAGAGUCAGAAUCUUCUCGUACAGUAAAGCUAAGGGUUUGCCUUGAAAGCUCAUCAGUGUUGUAAUUUGACAGUGAGCAGUACUGUUUGUCUAAGAGGAUUGGUGGCCAGAAAUAAGCCACAGUGUCUAAUGAGACACAGGGACCCAGCUGGGCAAGGUGCCAUGGCAUUUCUUGCGUGUGCCUUUCUCAUAAGCAACAUGGCCUCAUGCGGAAGAGGAUGGUCACAGAGUCUGAGGAAUUAGAGAUCAGAGUGGAAUUUUUGGGCUUAAUAGAGAUCUAAGUAAGCCCUGGAUUUUGAAAUGAGUGAACCUAUGGAACUGUGAUUUCCUGCAAAUCAAAUGGGGAAUGUCUGUGGAUGUGUACGAGCUGAGAAGGAAGAACAGUAUUUAGAUCCUGCCAAAACUCCUUUCAGCCCUGAAAAACAUUCUCCCGGAAGAAAAUAUUUCAGAAGAAAACCGAUCAAGCAAAUUGUAGGUGAUGCGGAGUCAGCAGAGCCAAACAAUGAAAACGAAGGCAAGAAAAUCAACUUUCAGCUCUCCAAAGGACAGCCAGCUCUUUUAUCCAGGGGCAUGGCAUGGGAGGAAUCUAUUAGCCCAAACCUCACCCUGGAAGGUGGUAGUCAGCGAGAGAAGACAGAAGUGGGAGUUGACGGUGUUAAACAGAAACUUCUGCCGAGUGCUGCGAGCAGUUGGUCUCACCAUGUGAACAUUUCUCCUGCUUAUGACAGUGAAACAGAAGUAAAAGUUAGUGCAUUGGAUGCAAGGAUUUCAGAAAAAGACAGCACUCCAUGUUGUGCAAAGAGGAAGAAACUUUUAGAUGAUGUCAACACAAGAGAAAUAACAUUCCAAAGAAAAACUGAUGUUUUUUCUUUACGAAAGGCAGCCAGCUUGAGUUCCAUUCACUAUGGUGCAGAGAGAUCACUUGAAAAAAGUGGGUUUUCUGAAGACCCAUCAAAAAGUUAUAGCAAUAUUCAAGAAAAGCGAAAUACUGAGAGAUUUUGCCCUCAGGCAAUAUACCAUUUUCAGUUUGAAAAAAAGAGAUGUCACUCCCUCUGUACUGAUGUGUCCCCUGCUUCCAAGGACACAAAUGGGAAUGAGGUAAGUGAAAUGUGGAGACUGAGUUUAAGGUGUAAAUAAGAACUCCAGGUGCCUACCUCUGACUGAGGCUCUGUAAUUUAUCUUUUUAAAAGUUAUUUUCAUCUUAGUUUAUGUGAAAGCUGUAGAGUUCUUGCUUCACUUUAUUAGUAGCCUUAGAUUUGAUUUUUAUGGUUUUAUUUUUUGUGAUAGCCACAUUCUUUAAUCACACUUUAAUUUUAAAACCCCAUACAUUUUUAUAUUGUUGUGAGACUUAGAAAAACAUUGCUUUAAGAGAAUGCACAUCUUUUGAAUUUCUCUAGUUUAUGUUUCUUAACUUUUCCUAUGGAAUAGUUUUUGGAAACUUAGCUGCUCUGUAGGUAAAAGUUAAGUCAGAAAACAGUCAUGACAGGACAACAGCUUCACGACAAAUGUCGGGAUGAUAUGAUACAAUUAUCAGGCAGUGCUGACUUGCUGAUUGACAGGUUUGAAAAGCCAAAGCCUGUCUUCUAUCAGUUUUCAUGCACAAGAACACCAACAUAAUUGCUUUCAAUUCUGUGUGUGUGUAUGUUGGGGGUGGGUGGUACAGAUGAAAUUGCCCACAUCUAUCCUGUCUCUUUGUUGUGUGAAUUAUUCCCCGGCCCUAGUCUAAAAUCAGAAAUCAUCUUGGCAGCAUGUCAUAGGAAUUUGAAUAUGACACAGACUGCCGGGAAGUUGAGAUCUUUAUUCCUAACACUGGUAAUUACCUUUAGAGAAGUUACUUCUCUCGGAGUGUACUUGUCUGUCAAAUGUAAAUGAAUAUUUUUUUCCUUGCUUGAGAAGUGCCUUAUCCAUUCAACUUCUACAUGUUACUAGUUGGGAACUUUUCUUUAAGCUGUUCCUGACUUUGUCUUUUAACAAAACAUCUGGAUAUAAAUGGUAUAUGUGUGUUACACAUUCUUGGCAGGGUCAUUGUAUCAUUGGGCAGAGAUCGUUUGCACAGUCACAGAAUGAGGUUUUAUUAGAGUUAGUGUGCACGAGCCUCGUUGGCCUUAGCUGCUGAGUUCCCCUGAAGGUGUUCCUGUUUAUAUUCGCCACCACACCUUGCCAAUAUUAUGUCAUCCGUUCUAUUUACAUUUUACAGUGGUUACAUUUUAAAAGGAAAGCAUCCAGUCUGUGUCGUUUUCCACGUAGGGCUGGCAUAAAGGUCAGUGCAGAGAGAAACUCUUUGGCUGCUGCGUGCUGAGUGUAACCACAACUU